AUGCUCAGGACUGCCAUCCGACCCAUCGCACGGACAGCGACCGUCGCUCUCCGCCAGCCGCUCACCCGCGCCCGCUUCCCCGCCCUCACUCGCUCCGUCGUCACCAAGCGGUACACGGUCGAGCACGAGUGGGUCGCGUUCGACGACUCGACCGGACUCGGGACGAUUGGCAUCACCGACUACGCCCAAAAGGCCCUCGGCGACGUCGUCUACGUCGAGGUGUCGGAGCAGGGCACGCAGGUCGCAAAGGGCGAGGAGAUGGGCGCUGUCGAGAGCGUCAAGGCCGCGUCCGACAUCUUUGCGCCCGUCGGUGGUCAGAUCGCAGAGGUCAACGACGCCCUCGAAGACCAGCCCGACCUCCUCAACAAGUCGCCCGAACAGGACGGCUGGCUCGCCAAGAUCAAGCUGUCGAACCCGGGCGAGUUUGACGAGUUGCUCAACGAGGAUGCGUACAAGGCGCACUGCGCUGGAUCCGAGGAAGCCUCUUGA